CCCACACGGCCGCCGCGGCCCCGGCCUGAUCCCCGGCCCGUCCCGGCCCCGCGACCCCCGCGCUGACCCUCGCUGCGAGCAGCCGGCCACAGGCGCUGCUGGGGAACCCCACAGCCCCGCUGCUCGCUGGCACUGCCCAUCCUGCGGCCCUGCGAAGUCCCCAGGACACUCCUGCAGCUCCCCGGGCAGGGCAGGGAUCCUGCGGCACCUGGCUGCAGUGCAGCCUUGUGCGGCCGCGGGCAGCGGCGACAGGCAGCAGCCAGCGCGGCCCCGUGCUCCCACGCCACGGCGCAGGGGGGGAGUUUGUCCUCCUUUGUCUGCUCCCGGCCAGGCAGCAGCCGGUGCGCGGCAGCGCCGGAGCAGCCGGGGAAGGGCCUCGGCAGCAGCCGCGGAGAACGGCGGCCGCGGCGCCCUCUGCCCCGGCACAGCCACCGGCCCGGCCUGGCCGCGCUGGGAGCGAGCAGCGACCCCGGGGGAGCCAAGCUCUUCAUGACGGAAACCCGACCAGGCAGCGGGGACGGCAGCUGCGCCCGGGCACGGGGAGGACGGCAGCGUUGGGGACAAGGACAGCCGCGUCCCGUCCCCACCCCCGGCGCCCGCCGUCGGCCAUGGGGAACGGCAUGAGCCAGAUCCUUCCUGGCCUCUACCUUGGGAACUUCGUUGAUGCCAAAGACCUGGAGCAGCUAAGCAGGAACAAGAUCACCCACAUUGUUUCGAUCCAUGAAUCCCCCCAGCCCUUGCUGAAGGACAUCACCUACCUCCGCAUCCCCCUGCCUGACACCCCUGAAGCCAACAUCAAGAGGCACUUCAAGGAAUGCAUCAGUUUUAUCCAUCAGUGUCGCCUGCAUGGAGGGAACUGCCUCGUCCACUGCCUGGCUGGCAUCUCCCGCAGCACCACGGUGGUGGUUGCCUACGUGAUGGUUGUGACGGAGCUGAGCUGCCAGGAGGUGCUGGAUGCCAUCCGAACCAUCCGGCCCGUGGCCAACCCCAACCCCGGCUUCAGGCAGCAGCUGGCCGAGUUCAGCGGCAGCGCAGCCCGCAAGGUCCGCAGGCAUCUGAAGCAGAAGUAUGGGAUGUCCCCUUUCAAUGAUGAGGAAGAAAUAAAGGCCUUGCUGCCAGCAGGGAGAGAAGGAACGUCCAGGACAGAGGGAGCUGUGCAAGGACUGGUCCCAAGAGCCAGAGACAUGAGGAGCACAAGUCCCUUCCUGCUGCGGGUGAAGAGGACGUUCUCCUGCAUCCCGUGUGCCUGCCCCCCCUCCCGCGAGUGCAGGGUGCGUGUGUUGAGAAAUACACCUAGCGCAGCCAGAACCUGCGGCGUGUGCCGGGAAAGGGAAAGUGAAAGCCGGAGCCGCUUUCGGUUUCGCCGCCGGGCCGCGAUGGCGGAGCCGGGGGCGCCCAUGCGGCUGAAGGAGUGGCUGAUCGCGCAGAUCGACAGCGGCCGGUACCCGGGGCUGCGCUGGGAGAACCGGCAGAAAACGCUCUUCCGCAUCCCCUGGAAGCACGCGGCCAAGCAGGAUUACCGGCAGCAGGAGGAUGCUGCGCUCUUCAAGGCUUGGGCCAUCUACAAGGGGAAGUACCACGAAGGGACGGACAAGGCCGACCCCUCCACCUGGAAGACGCGGCUGCGCUGCGCCCUCAACAAGAGCACUGACUUCCAGGAGGUGCCCGAGCGGAGCCAGCUGGACAUCUCCGAGCCUUACAAGGUGUACCAGAUCGUGACUGACAGAGCCUGUGAUGCAGAGGACAGUGACACACAGUCCCCAGGCAGUGAGGACCAGCAGGGCAGCACUGCAGGGAGUCCGAAGAAGGAGGAAAGCAAGAAGGAUGUGCUGGAGAGUGCCCAUGUCUCUCCACAGCCCUGGCUCUCUGGCCACCCCACCGAGCGAGGGUGCCUUGUCAGGGGAGUCUUCUAUGGCUGGAACCCAACCCACGGCCAGCUUCUUCCCAGACCCCAGUCCUACCUCCCUGUGGAGGAUGUCAACAAUUCAGACUGCUGGCUGCACAUCCGCCUGUACUACUGCGACGUGCUGGUGAAGGAGGUGACCACGCGCACGGCCGAGGGCUGCCGCAUCACCACCAGCGCCGUGCCGGCCGACAGCGAGCGCCUCUACGGCCCCUCCUGCAUGGAGCAGAUCCAGUUCCCCCCCCCGCAGGUGCUCAGCGGCCACGGCCGCGUGGCCUGCAUGGCCAACGUGCUGGAGAGGCUGCUGCCCCACCUGGAGCGCGGGGUGCUGCUCUGGGUGGCACCUGAGGGGGUCUUCAUGAAGCGCCAGUGCCAGGGCAGGGUGUACUGGAACGGGCCCCUGGCCCCGCACAGGAACUGGCCCAACAAGCUGGAAAGGGAGAGGACUUACAAGCUGCUGGACACGCAGCAGUACAUCCAGCAGGUGCGGGAGUACCUGAGCAACGGGCAGCUCCUGCCUCAGUACCAGAUCUACCUGUGCUUCGGGGAGGAAUACCCCACCAGGGCUGGGCACCCCUUCCAGAAGCUCAUCAUGGCUCACGUGGAGCCGGUGUUCGCUCGGGAGCUCUUCCAUCACGCCCAGCGCUUGAGGCCGACCCUGCUCUGCAAUUCCCCGCAACCCUGUGCCCCUGGCACCUCCAGCCACGUUCUCCAUGUCUUCAAACAGCUCUGCCAGCCCUGAGCUGGGUGGGAGAGGAGAGCACAGUUGCCAUAAAGUCUCAGAGUGGGAGGCUCUGAGCCCCAUGGCUCCAUUCCAGCUGCGUGUCCCAAGGCAGAGUGCUCAGGGUGCUCAGCGUGCAGGACCAAACAAGGACAAAUGUUAGCUGGGUGGGCAGGUGCUGCUGCCCCUGUGAUUGCUGUAUUUAUUCCCCAGGAAUCUCCCAGGUGGGGUUGGUUGUGUGCCUAUUCAGCAAGCCAGGGCAGACCU